GAGGUGGGACUCGUAGGUGCCUUCCCUACUUAUGCCCCUGCAUGCCACGAGCAGCUCCACUUGCCGCUGGGUGGGCUGCUUCUUCUUGGGGCCGCAGGAUGGCUGCUGCCGCUGCUGCUCCUGAGCGGCUGGUGCUGGUGCUUGGCGGAGCCGGCACGGUGGGAUCUGGGAUUGUCAAGGCGCUGCUGGAGAAAGGCUUCCAGGUUGCCGUCAUUUCCCGGGAUGGAGGCAGGCUGGAGAAACUGAAAGAUUUCCUGCCCGCGUCGACCCACAACCACCUGCAUACGCUCAUAGGAGAUGUGGGAACUGAAGAUGGGGCCGAGGCAGCCAAAGCAGCCCUGCUGAAGAGCUCCGGGAAGGUGACAGACGUGGUGUCCUCUCUGGGCUUCAGCUGGUGGCAAGGGGGCCCCCCUCACACCCAGUCGCUGAAGGAGCUGCACCGGGUCCUGGACACCCUGCUGCUGAGCACAUUCACAUCUUGGAAGGCCUUCUUUCCCCUGGUCAAGGACAACCCCAACGGAACCUACACCUUCAUCACAGGAGGGGCUGGCGAGCGUCUCCUCAUGCCCGGCACCGGUUUCCUGACCCUGGGGGCAGCGGGCGCGCUGGCCUUUUGCCAGGUGGUGCGUGAAGAGUACCCGGACGUGCCCUGCAAGCUCAAUGAGGUGAAGAUUAACAUGGGAGUGGCAAGGCCCGAGCGGCUGGACCAGGGGUACGUGAGCCACUUGGAGGUGGGCGAGGCCGUGGCCUCCCUGGUGGAGAAGAGGAUGGUCUCCCAUGCAGUGCUGAGUGCUGGCUCCCUGGCAGACCUCAAGACCCUCACGGCUGAGGGGAAGAUCUGAGGCUUCAGCCAGGAGGCCUCUACCAGCUGUACCUGCCCUGUCAACCCCUCGUGUGGAAACACCCCCACCCCCAAUCUCCUGGGUGGGGCAGGAAAGGGGUGCUGCCUUGCCCGGGGGGGGGGAGCCCGGCUCCUUGCCCACCUUCCAUGCUAGCCAGAGCCCACAAAAUUGCCCUUAGAACUAGUAGUGGACAACUCCUCGUUGCUUCCCUCGGAAGCAGCCUUCUGCACGCAACUGCCACGAAGUGACCGUCCUCUCCCCUCCCUUGUCGUGAUCCAAGGAGGCAAUCCGGAGCAGAUCUGGCCGAGGAGGAGAGCUGGGGCCCUUUGCUGACCUGUCCCUCGCGCCACCUCCCCAGCACACCGGAGCCCCUCCAGCGGGAGAGCACCGUGGCCGAUGCCACCUCUCUCGUGGGCCAGGUUCUGGACAGAGGGGAGCCGGCAGCCGGGGGGCUUUCCCACUACAGGGAGAGGUCAGGCGGCAGCCGCCGACCAGGGAGGCGAGAGGCGGGCGGCAAAAGCUUGCUGCUCCUGGCUUUGGCCGUUGUGUUCAGCGUAGCUUCUGCAGCCGGGAAGGUGCUCUGAACCGGCCUCUCCAUGCCGACUCAGAAGUAGGUCCCAGUGGGUUCAAGGGGACUUACUCCCAGGCAAGCAAAUGCGCCAAAUCAAUGUGUGCAGCCUCUUGUCUUGUCGAGGGCCCUCGGCUUCUUCCAGCCAAGGGAUGCGGCCCUUUGUGCUAUCAAGAGCAGCUCUUCAUCUCUACAUUUAAAUGUAAGCCUGGAUGCAAAGUGAUUAGCACCCUGGGGACACCCUGGACUCCUCCUAGCCCCACGGCCUCUCCCUUGGCAGUCAGCUCCAGCCCCACUGGCUACAAACUCCCCUGCCCCUUGAGCCAAAAUGACCCCCCCCCCCGCCCCCACCUCCUGCCCUUGCUCUCUUCCCCCGAGCACAGCAGCCUUGCCUCUGGGAAUGCCUCGUGGCCCCUCUAAGCUGGGACCUGGGGCAAGACGGACAUGCACAACGCCCCUCCAGAAGCAUCCGCCCACCUGCCUCUUCGUGCGUGGACCCUCACCACCGGCAGUGCUCGUCUUGCGCCUUUUAAUAAUCCACGUAUAUUGAAUAAACCCCCAAGGCUCUUGGCU